AGGAAGGGGCUGCCCAGGUGUCUCCCCACUGUGCUCUGCUUACUUAACCAGUUUAUUGGCAGAAGCGAACGACAGUGGAAGCCCGAGCGUCGUCCAUGGCUCCGCUGUUGGUGCUGCUGCUGGUGGUGGUGCUGCUGCGCCCCGUCGACCCCCGUGUGUACCACACCGACGAUGCCGUAGUCGUCGAAGCCGAAGAAGGGCCCGAGAGGGUCCGCCGCGAUGUGGGCCGGCAGUGGCCGCCGGUGCUGCCCGUGGGCCCCUGUUACACGUCCCGCGGCCAACUGGGCCGCUGCACCAGCUUCCGCCAGUGCUACCCUUACUUCAAGGUGCCCGACCUCAACAACUGGGAGACCUGGGUGCUCGGCAUGUACGACACCUGCAGCUACUUCAACACGCACGGCCGACAGGCGUUCGGCGUGUGCUGUGUGAACCCGUCCUUCCCAGGCGCCGGCGCCGAGCCGCCGCGUCCGACGCAGCCGCCGCGUCCGACUCCGGCGCCGAUUACUCCGGCGCCACCGGUGAGGCCGCCGAUCGAGUCCCCCGUGCCUGUUGUGGCGCCGGUCGAGCCGAGCAAUUCGGGCAACCCCGUGCCGCCAAACUGGCCGCCGACGAUCCCGCCGCUGCCGACGCACCCGCCCGACCACACGGCGGCGACGCACCCGCCGGCGCCCGGCUGGCCGGGCUUCCAGCCGACGCAGCCGGCGGCGCCGACCGUCAGCACGACGCCCCGCCCAACCUUCCCCCCCGCGGCGCCGCCCACAGCCCCCGUCUACCCGGCCCAGCAGCCCAGCAUCGCCCCCGUGGCGCCGACCCCGGCGCCAACCAGCGGCGGCGCCGUCCUCACCGACGCCUCCUGCGGCGCCAAGGCCCUCAUCGGCGACCAGGACCAGGACCAGGAACGCAUCGUUGGCGGACACAACGCGGAUCUCGGCGAGUGGCCUUGGAUUGCGGCGCUGUUCAACGGCGGCAGGCAAUUUUGCGGCGGCUCCUUGAUCGACAACACGCACAUUUUGUCGGCGGCCCACUGCAUCGCCCACAUGACCUCAUGGGACGUGUCGCGGCUGACCGUGCGCCUUGGCGACUACAACAUCAAGAGCAACACCGAGACCAAACACGUGGAGAAGAAGGUGAAGCGCCUGGUGCGCCACCGCGGAUUCGACUCACGCACCCUGUACAAUGACAUCGCCAUUUUGACGCUGGACUCGCCAGUGACGUUCAACUCGAUGAUCCGGCCGAUCUGCCUGCCCUCCGGCGGCGAGCAGUUCAACGGCAAGACCGCGACUGUGGUUGGCUGGGGCAGUCUUCGCGAGAGCGGCCCUCAACCUUCGGUGUUGCAGGAAGUCAGCAUCCCCGUUUGGACCAACUCCGAGUGCCGCACCAAGUACGGAAACGCCGCGCCCGGAGGCAUCGUGGACCACUUCAUCUGCGCAGGACAGGCCGGCAAGGACUCGUGCAGCGGUGACAGCGGCGGCCCGCUGAUGGUCAACUCCGGGCGGUGGACGCAGGUGGGCGUGGUCAGCUGGGGCAUCGGCUGCGGAAAGGGCCAGUACCCUGGCGUGUACACGCGCGUCACGAGCUUCCUGCCCUGGAUCCAGAAGAACCUCAACUGAAAAGCGGCGGCGGCGGCUCGACUCGACCCUGACGGCCCCCGGCGCGCAGCUCGGCCGCCCGCGGGGGCCGUGAGGCCCUCGACUCGGACCCCCACCCCUCCCCUGCCCCCUUCCCCUCCCUCCCUCCCUCCCGAAUGAACGAGUGCCAUUGGACGAAAAACGCUACCUCUGCAGGCCCCGAAUUAGUUACCAUAGCACGAGACGGCCUGCAACAGGCUCAAAUUCCCCUCCCCGCGAGCGCAAUUGGAGAGAAAAACAAAGGAAAAUUUUGGCACUACAACUUUAUUUUGAUUUGGGCUCACGGUGAAUCAAUAAAUAGAUAAAUUAGUAGGAUUUAAAGAAGCAGCUCUCUGAUGGAAAUGUCACGACAUGUUGAGGUGCGUGGCGAGGAAUGGCCGCCGCUUCGUGGGACACUCGAAAUGCUCAAACACGGCGCCGAGGCUGCUCUUCUUCUGCCCCGGCGCCUCCAGCAAAUUGUUCCAAAACGCGUUCGCCGCUGAAACAGUGAGCGUGCAUUCCCGCUGCAUUACACAAACAACACCAUGGAUCUUGUAAAACUGGCAAAUAAACCAACUGAAUAACUAGUACACAACAA